AUGGUGCAGCAAGAAGAAGUUCUAUCACCCAUCGAAACUCACGAUGAUCCAAUCGACCAAGAGAAACGCAAAGCCAUUGGAAUCGAUUACUCGGGCGCGUACGAAAAAACUGACCCCAAGGAGAUUGCAUUGGUGAAGAAACUUGAUUGGUAUAUUAUGCCUACACUCUGGCUAAUGUACUGGCUCAACUACCUCGACCGCAACGCCAUCGCCCUCGCCCGCCUCAGCUCCCUCGAAUCCGACACCAACCUCACCGGCUCCCAAUACCAAACCUGCGUCUCCAUCCUCUUCGUCGGCUACAUUCUCGGCCAAGUCCCCUCCAACAUGCUCAUCACGCGCCUGCGCCCUUCCUACUACAUGUCCGCCUGCAUGUUCCUCUGGGCCGUCGUCUCCGGUCUCACAGCCCUUUCGAGUAAUUUUGUCGGGUUGUUUCUCACGAGAUUUUUUUUGGGAGUCGUGGAAGCACCGUAUUAUCCCGGAGCGUUGUAUAUUUUGGGGAUUUUUUAUACGCGAAAAGAGUUGGCGACGAGGAUUAGUAUUUUGUAUACGGGGAAUAUUUUGGCGACGGCGUUUGCGGGGUUGAUUGCUAUUGGGAUUUUUAGGUUGGAGGGAUAUGCAAACCUAGCAGCAUGGCAAUGGCUCUUCAUCAUCCAAGGCGCAGCAACCGGCCUCGUCGCCCUGGGAGCAGCCUUCAUCCUCCCGGACGACCCCCUCGUAACCCGCUGGCUCACACCCGAAGAGCGUCUUCUCGCCAACAGCCGCGUGCAAGGCGACCAAGUCGGAGCCAAAAAACUCAACGUCUCGGUAUGGAAAGGUUUAAAAACGGCAGCUUCGGAUCCCAAAUUGUGGCUCUUCGCUUUCAUGCAACACAUGCAUUUGGCCGCAAACGGAUUCAAAAAUUUCUUCCCGACUGCCGUCAAGACGUUGGGGUUUAAUCGGACGAUUACGCUGGUGUUGACUUGUCCUCCGUAUUUGAUUGCGGGGUUUUUGUCGAUUGCGUAUUCGUACAGUUCGGGAAAAUUCAACGAACGUACGUGGCAUAUUACGGUAGCCAAAUCGAUAGCGAUUUUCGGCUUUGUGCUCUGUGCUGCGACGCUGAAUACUGGAGUGCGAUAUUUCGGGAUGAUUGUCUUUUCCAUUGGUACUUACGCGGUCAAUUCGAUCAUUUUGGGAUGGGUGAGCGCGACGUGUGGACAGACUAAGGAAAAAAAGGCUUCUUCGUUGGCGAUUGUUAAUACUAUUGCUAAUGCUUCGUUUGUCUGGACACCUUACCUCUGGCCGGAAUAUGAUGAGCCGCGAUAUGCGAUUGCUAUGGGUGCUUCGGCGGGUUUCUCGUUGUUGUGCGCUUCUGCGGCGUGGGUGAUGCGGGUUUGGUUGCAGAGGACUAACCGCAAGAUUAGGCAGAGUAACGAUGAGUCGAUUCUGGCUUUCGCGUACUGA